AGAGUUGAGGCAGGAUCUGCCAGGCCAGUGGGAUGGGCAGCAUGGUGGAGCCCCCCAGGGGUGCAUACCUGCAGCUGGGGGCCCUGACCUCCGCGGUGGGCAUUGCCCGAGUGCUGCAGCUGUCGUUUGGCUGCACCACCCUCAGCCUGGUGGCACACCGUGGGGGCUGGGCAGGUGUUCAGGGCACCUUCUGCAUGGUGGCCUGGGGCUUCUGCUUCACUGUCACAGGCCUGGUGGUGGCCUGUGAGGUCACACAGCUACAUGGUUGUCUGUUCCUCUCCUGGGGCAACUUCACGGCAGCCUUUGCCAUGCUGGCCACGCUGCUGUCGGCUACGGCUGCCGUGCUCUACCCACUCUACUUCACCCGCUGGCCCUGCCCACCCGAUGGCUGCGCCGCCCGGGAUUUCCGUCUGGCUGCCAGUGUCUUCGCCUGGCUAACCUUCCUGGUCUAUGCUGCCGAGGUGGCUCUGACCCGUGCCCGGCCAGGACAAGUGUCCAGCUACAUGGCCACGGUGUCAGGGCUCCUCAAGAUUGCCCAGGCCUAUAUGGGCUGCAUCAUCUUCGGGGCGUUGCUGCAUGGUAGCCGCUAUGGGCGCUACGGGGCCACCCAGUGGUGUGUGGCUGUCUACACCCUGUGCUUUCUGGCCACGGUGGCUGUGGUGGUUCUAAGUGUGCUGGGCCACACGGCCAGCCUGGGCUGCCCCUUUGACCGCCUAGUGGUGGUGUACACCUUCCUCGCUGUGCUGCUGUACCUCAGUGCUGCUGUCAUCUGGCCAGUCUUCUGCUUUGACCCCAAGUACGGCCAGCCCCAGAGGCCUCCCGACUGCUUCAGCGGAAGUGGCUGUGCCUGGGACAGUCAGCUGGUGGUGACUAUCUUCACCUACCUCAACCUGCUGCUCUACAUGGCCGACCUGGCCUACUCCCAGAGGAUUCACUUUGUGCCCACUCUGUAGUCCCCAGAACCACUCCAGAGUUCAAUGUUGUCACUGUCAGUGUAAUAAUGCAUUGGAGCCAUAGGAAGGCUGUGGCCCAUUUUGCAGACGGAGACACCAACAGGACUCUGGAGGCAGCCCAACAUGUGUUUCAAUGUCUGGAGAUCAUAUUUGGGCUGGCAAAUGUGAGAUGACUUGAAGACAGAACCAGGCAUGUAGUGGAGGCUGUGGACAAUGGCCCCUCCCUGAGGCUGGAGAAGGAGGUUCCAGGACCCUGGAAAGAGAGCCACCUGGCCAGGACAGUGGGGCCUCUGCCAGUCACACAGGAGGUACCACUGUCAGAGAUCUCCCAGCCCUAGUGACACCAGCACAGAGAAUACUGUGAGGGGGCAAAGGUGACCUAAGGGGCCAGGAGGCUGGUGACUCUACCUAGAACACAGCCUGCCAGGAAGCCUAGCCCAACUGCCUGCCAUGCCUGAUGUGGUGGGAAAUGAUGGCGUGACUACAAGGACAUGACCCAAGACAUCUGGCAGCUCCCACUGGACCAUACCUCAAUGGAGCAGGCUGAUGGGUCUAGUACAGCUGCCCCUUUGGCUAGCUCAUCCAGGAAAUAAAUACCUGUCUGUACUCCCA